CCUCGGCUUCUCUCCUUCCUUCCCCGGCCUCCCCUCUCGGCUGUAUGUAUAUAUAGGGGCCGCGACCCCGUGUCUCGUAGCAUCGCAGCACGGCAGCACUCCGCAGUCACCCACUUACCCAAAUCCUUUGCGUUUCUCUCCAUCUCCUCCGCGAGACCACGAGUGAUCCAUCGGUGAAUUAAUUGAAGGAGGAAGAGAUGGCGAGCUCCUGCAUGGGCAUUGGCGGCGAGGGGAGCGCGCCCGCGGCGCCGCACGUGCUCGCCGUGGACGACAGCUCGGUGGACCGCGCCGUCAUCACCGGCAUCCUGCGCAGCUCCAAGUUUCGCGUGACCGCCGUGGAUAGCGCGAAGAGGGCUCUGGAGCUGCUGGGAUCCGUAUGUGGUCUUACUGAACCUCAAAUCAUCUCUCGUUUCAGAAAUUUCCGUUUUUUGUGUUGCAUUGCGUGCGCUAUAACGUAUUCUUGCAUUGGGUUGCAGGGGGCCAAUGUGAGCAUGAUAAUCACCGACUACUGGAUGCCGGAUAUGACUGGGUACGAACUGCUAAAGAAGGUGAAGGAGUCAUCCAAGCUGAGGGAGAUUCCAGUGGUAAUCAUGUCCUCGGAGAACGUGCCUACCAGGAUCAACAGGUGCCUGGAGGAAGGAGCAGAGGACUUCCUGCUGAAGCCCGUGCGGCGGUCCGAUGUGUCGCGACUGUGCAGCCGCGUCCUCCCCUGAGCGCUGCAUGCGCCUCUGGCUCGGACGCAAGCUAUCCUGCGUGGCACGUGGAUUCAGAGGAGUACUGCUGUUUUGGCCUUUUUGGGGCAGGCAUGGACGCAUGGAUGGAGUAGCGGUAGCCCAGUAGUAUCGCUGUCAGUUUGCAUGCAGCUAAGCCUGUGUUUUCCCUGAUGUUUCCCCUGUUAUAAGUAGUAGUAGACCUCGUAUCCGUGGAAGUGCUGUGGCCUUUUGUCUUUCCUUGCCUGGGCAAGUACGGUGUCUCAUGCAUGUCUCGCUGUAUGUUUCAGUCCCGUGGGGUUAGUGUUCAGUAAGAAAAGAAGUUUGAUUAA